AAAACCUGGAAAAAACCAACCACCUUGACUUUAAACAUCUGAUAAGGUUGAUUCAGGGUUCACGCACACGCGACCACGUUUUCUGGAAGCAUCGCUAAGAUUCGCUUCGGAGGCCUCUGUGUUCCGCGGUCAAGAUGAGCGAUCUGGCCAGCUCGCGCUGGGCAUCUCUGGGCCCCAAUGAGAACGCGACUACAAAAGCCGGCCACGGCUGGACCCACGAGCGCAAUCGCAAACGGGCCAGCAACAAGGCCCAGCCCCAGCCUUCCAAGGAGGCGCCUCCUCACCAACAGCUCGACCCUGCUGAUCUACCCACUAUCGCUGCGCUCAGUCUCACCAGCAGCAGCGGUAGCAGCAGCAGCAGCAACCCCCACGGGGCCUCUGCACCCCACACGAACCCCAAAAUAUGGACCUCGUCCCCGCGCCCCGAGCCCAGCAACAGCAACAGCAACACAGGCACCGCGCUCACCCUCCACCGACUCCCACGGGUUGUCGGGGGGGCGCGCGCCUCCCUACCCAACGAAUGGGCGCAUCUCGCCCGCAGCGCGCCGGACCCCAAACCCGAGUCUUCCCCUUCGCCCACGCGAAAGAGCGUCGCCAAGCGGCCCAUCCGCUCCCUCUCCGCGGCAGGCGAGAACCUCUCGCGGUACCGACGGAUCCGGGUGCGCAUGGAGUGGAAGCUCCGGUACCUGGUGGACGGGUACCGGCAGGCGACGGAGACAGACGCGCCGGCGGAGCGGGUCGCGGUGGCGGAGCAGAUGUUCAAGCUGGACUUUUACGAGUACUACUCCUACCUGGAGCGGGGGAUCGUGCACCUGCUGCUGGUGUUUGAUAUCCGGAUCUCGCGGGACGCGCGGCCGAGUGGCCGCAGCUGGGCGGAUGAGGUGGAGCAGGAGGCCAACGGGGGCGGGCAGGGGCAGCAGCAGCAGCAGCAUCGGUACCACGCGAACGUGCUGGAGGCGCUGCGGGACGUGGAGAGUCCGUUUUAUGAGGUGCUGGGGUCCGGGGAGAGGUUCGUGCAGCUGCAGAAGGCGAAGGAGCUGCGCAAUCGCUGGAAGUACGCGGAUAUGACGCCCGCGGAGCGCGAGCGCGACCCGCAGACCUGGCGGGCCUCGUACAAGGCGUGGAAAGACGCGUUGAUCCCGCUGCAGAGCUACGAUUUCGAUACCAUCUUCGUGCAGAUCCUCAUGGGGCUGACGGAGGCGGCGGAGAUCGCGCAGCAGCGGGUGGAGGAGGUCAGUCGCGCGGCGGGCCAGGAGGAUUCGGGCAGUGAGAGUGAUCCCGAUGAGUGGGACUUUCUCGUCGAUGCCAUGGACUGGGAGGCUGUUUGAGAAGACUGACUGCUGUGGUCUGAGACUGUUCGUGGAAGUGGCUUUGCGGGCCUUAGCAUGAAAUAAAUGUCGGUACCCUGAAUUAUUCUUUGGUGUUGAUGAUGAUGAAUCAUGCAUCUAUCUUUUUUCUUGUUUUUGUUUCAUUUACUGUACAGUUUGAGCAGGU